AUGAUUACUUCCGUCGUCGCAUCGCUCGCCGUCUUUGGCGCAUCGGCGGCUGCUUCUUCCCUCUCUGUCGGCAAGGCGCACGUUGUCAACAAGUGCACCUACGACGUCUACUUGUGCAACGUCCCAGCCUCCGGUGGUGGCUACGAACAAGAAGACAAGACUCUUUCUGCUGGUGGUACUUGGGAUCAGGAGUGGACCUCGCUCUCCAACUCCAAUGGCUGGUCGAUCAAGCUUUCCAAGUCCGAGGCUCUCGAGAACAUCUUGCAAUACGAGUACACCUUCCACAACGACGGCAUCAUCUGGUAUGACUUGAGCUGCGUCAACGGCAACCCAUGGGACAAGAACUGGGAGAUCACGUCGAGCACGUCCAGCUGCAACCCCAAGCAACAGGCCUACCGCUACGCUACGGAUGACGCCUACGGCAUGCAAUCAUGCUCUCAAGACGCUUCCAUCACUGUCACCCUCUGCUCUGGCGAGGCGGCCGACAACUCGACCUCUGGCUCUGACGGCUCUGACUCUGACGACUCUGGCUCCAGCUCCGCGGCGUACCCAGACGGAUACACCUCGGUGGCCACCUCGUACUCCACGCCAGCAUCGACUCCGUCUUCGAUCGUUGUGCCAACGCCCACUGCCUACAUCAACUGGAACAACGACGACGCAUCGUCUUCCCUCGCUGCUCAGACCACGCCAACCACCUUCGCGACCUCGACGACCGCCGUUGUCACCGAAGGCCCAGACGGUGUGACAGUGACUCAAGUCGAAACCGCCGUCGUCACCAACAUCGUGACCGCCUACGCCGGCCGCAUCAAGCCAAGACACGAGCACCACGCUCACGGCCACCACGCGCACGCCGCAUAG